AUGACUUCACGCAAGCACACAAAAUUCUCCACCAAAAUUCAGUUCUAUCUGAAGCAUAGGGAAUCGCGUAUACUGAAGCUAUGCAACGAUACCAUAGGUCCAGUACCGAACGAUUCACUGAGCAAAGCGAUCUUCAGACUGUUGUCCAAGCCGGUAGACAAUAAAGGCAUUAUACAACUUUUUGUCGACAAGGGCCAAACCGCAUCCGCAUCGACCGCAGCGAGCAACAGCAUCGGCAACACUGUGAAGACCGCUCUGCCCGAACCCUACCAGAAGGACGUGGAGCGUUUCCAUGGGCGCAUCAUCUGCAGCGACAACACGUGCAUCAUCGACCCGGUGGCCUCUCCCAAGAACGACAACAAUUCGAAUCCUCGCACACAUUCCUUCCGAAUUGUCUCGUUCAGCAAGGAGAGCGACGCACCGGUGGUGGGCGGCACUUUCGGCGUGACCGACGCCGACGACGCAGCACGGACCGGGGACGGCCAUCACCAGCAGCAGCAGCAGCAGCAGCAACAGCAGCACCAACAGCAGCAGCAGGCGGUGGAGCAGGCGCAGAACCUCAUCACACGAUCGCCGUCAGCGUCGGAGACGGACGCUGCGGGCGUUACUGCCACCGCCGGUGUCGGUGGCUCGACCAGUAACCACAAGGCGAUCCUGAUGUGCUUCAGCUGCAAGCUCAGCUUCGGCACCUGCCGGUCCUUCAUAGCGCAUGCCAAAAUCGAGCACAGCCUCACACUGAACGAUUACGAGCGAAUGCUGCUGGAGAAGAACUACAGCAGUGCCAUCAUACAGACGAACGCGGAGAAGCAGUUCUUUUUCCUGGUUCCUUUCGAAGAGAAAUCUUCAGCCAACAGUAGCGGUAGGAAGCACGUCGAGGGUGAAGAGAGAUACAAGACCAAUAGCAAUAAUAAUGGAGCUGGCAUGGGAAACAGUGCCGGGAGCAACAGCAGUAACAGUAGCAGUAGCAGCGUCAGCAGCAGCAGCAGUAGCAGUAGUAGCGCCAGCAGUAACAACGGUGGCAACAUCAACAGCAGCUCCACGCUGAAUAGUAGCGCCGUCAACACCAUCAACGGCAAUCACAGCAGCAAUGUCGUGGGGGGAAGCAGCAGCAAUCCAAACAAUGGCAUUCUUGGGUUGAUAUCACAACAGCAGCAACUACAGCACCACGUGCAUCAACAACAACAGCAGCAGCAACAGCAGCAACAUCACCAUCAGCAGCAACAACAGCAAUUGCAGCAGCAGCAGCACCAUCUGCAGCAGCAUGUGUCCCAUCCGGUGGAACCGUUCUCGCCCGGUGCCAUCGGGUUCGUCGACGGUGGUGGCGGCUUCCCGAAGCUGGCCGCUGCCGCUGCCGCCGCCAACAACGCGCUGCUGUACGAGAUGGACAGCAAGCUGCAGCAGAGCUGGAAGCUGGCGAUGAAUGAGAGUGCGGCGGUCGCCGCCGCUGCAGCCGCCGCCGCCGCCGCCGCUGCCUCGGCCGAGGAGAAGAAGGCGGCCGGCUCCAGCGGUUCGUCGCUGGUCGGGAGUGGCGGGGCCAACUCGUCGGCUGCCGCUGCUGCCGCCGCCGCCGUCAGCGGGAAGCUGCUGACCGAUUUUCUCAACCAGCAGAAGAUGCUGUCGUCGGUUGGCUCGGUGGAGAAUCUGUACGGCAAGCCGAACAAGUUCCUCGAGCUGAUCAGCUCGGCGGCGGACAUGAAGCUGAACCCGCUGGCGGCGGCUGCGGCGGCAGCGGCUGCAGCAGCUUCCAAUAAGGCCGGUGGCGGAGCGGGCGGUGGCAAUGGUGGUGUUGGUGGUGGUGGUGGCGGAGGCGGCGGCGGUGGUGCCAGCGGCCUCGAUAUAAACGCUGCCGGUGACUUCCACCUGAAGAAGUACAGCCCGGUCGAUCUGUACAAGCAGCUGCUGGCGAACAACUUCCGGCCAGAUGCCAUGGACAUGGGCGACGUUGAGAUGAAGAACGACCAUCAGAUCAGCGUGAAGAAGCUGGAACCUGAACCAUCGACUGCGUUCCGGAACAGCAACUUCAGCCCGAACAUCUCGACGCGCAACUCGUGCAAGACGCUCAAGUGUCCGCAGUGCAACUGGCACUACAAGUACCAGGAGACGCUCGAGAUCCACAUGCGCGAGAAGCAUCCGGACGGCGAGACGGCGUGCAGCUACUGCCUGGCCGGGCAGGCCCAUCCGCGUCUGGCCCGCGGCGAGUCGUACACGUGCGGGUACAAGCCGUACCGGUGCGACAUCUGCAACUACUCGACCACCACCAAGGGCAACCUGUCGAUCCACAUGCAGAGCGACAAGCACCUGAACAACAUGCAGGACCUGAAUGGCAUGAUGAACAAGGGCAGCCAGAGCUUCCUCAACCUGGCGACGCUCCAGGCGAACGAGAAGGUGGUGAACAGCUCGCGCAGCCAGUACAUGGCGGCGGCGGCGGCAGCCGCGGCCAGCGGUCCGCUCUCGUCCAUGUCGGCCAAGCUGGGUGGCGCGGGGAACGGUGGUGGCGGCGGUGUUGUGGGCGUUGGAGGCGCCGGAGGCCAGUCGAAGGACGGCGGCAUGCAAGCUGCCGGUGGAGGUGGGGGCGGCGUUGGAUACGAGAGUGCGGUCGGCGGGCGUCCGAAGUCCUUCUUCAAGUGUGACAUCUGCAACUACGAUACGAACAUCGCGCGCAACCUGCGCAUCCAUAUGACGAGCGAAAAACAUAUCAGCAACCUGAACUCGUUCCAGUCCAGCUUCAACCAGCUGAAGAGCCUGCAGAGUCUGUCGCAGUCGGACAACCUCGACUAUCUGAGUGCGAUCAAUCUCAACACGCUGAAGGAGGACUCGCCGAUGACGCGCGUCGACGAGUACACGGCGGCGGCGGCGGCGGCCGCAGUAGCAGCGGCAACGGCGGCAUCGUCGGGUGGUGGAACGGGCGGCGCCGGCGGCAAUGGCGGCAACAACUGCCUGAAGCCGCUGUCGAUGCCCUCGUCACCGUUCGCCGGCACGCCGCUGGACACGGUGACGCCCGACUCGCUGUUCCUGAACCAACCGUCGCCGUUCAGCGGCGCGGGCAGCGAGGCCGGCGGCACCGAGCGGGACUAUCACCAGCAUCAGCAGUACCAGCUGGACGAGGACAAGAACCCGCUGCACUUCGAGCCCCCGAUCCGACUGUCGCUCGAUCCGUCCACCUACUACAGCUGCCUGGUGUGCGCCGACUUCGAGACGAACAACCUCGAGGAGCUGAAGCGGCACGUCAUCAAGGACCGGUCGAGCAGCGCGCUCGAUACGAUCCUGCUCGCCGGCGGCGGCCAGGAGUGUCUGCUGUGCGGGCAGCGGGUGCACGACCACGAGCGCCACCUCAAGUCCGAGCAGCACCUGAAGCGGCUGGACCUGCUGGUGCACCUGCUCGAGGGGCGCGACAAGUCCGCGGCCAAGCUGCGCCAGGUCGUCGCGCCCGAGCUGUUCAAGAAGCUGCAGCUGAUAUUCCCAUUGGCGGAGGAAUCGAAAUUUGCCUACGAUGAGAUGCCUAGCGUCAGCGAAAUUUCCCGAUCUCCGCUAAUGCUGCUGCUCGAGCCGAAGACCGAGCUGAUCGAGCGCGACUUUGCCGGCACCAACGGUAUCGACACCGAUCCCACAUCUUCCUCGUGCCCCGACAACGUGCAGCUCAAGUGCAACUGCUGCAACUUCUACACGACCUCGCUGGAGAAGAUCGGCAUCCACAGCCUGUCGGAGAAGCACAUCUUCCGGCGGAUCUGCUUCGACUACCUGCUGCUCAUCGCGAGCGAACGGUCCGGUCACCAGUCCGUGUCCGCGUCGUCGUCGUCGUGUUCGUCCUCGCCGAACCGCGCCGCUGGCGUCAACCAGCUGAUGCUGACCUGCGUGCCGUGCGGCUUCAAAACCGACCACAUCUACUACAUGAUACACCAUCUGAAGAAGAGCUGCAAGGUGGAGCAGAACAUCAACCUGCUCGGGCUGCGUAACAUUUUCAAGCUGACGGCCAAAGGCCUGGACGCCCAAGAUGCAAUGGAUACGGCGGACAACGGGCUGUGCAGCAUACUGCAGGAGAAGAAGAUGUGGAACGGCGAGAACGCGGCCAGCAACAACAAGCAGGCGGCGGGCUGCAAGGACCGCUGCCUGGUGUGCAGCGUGUGCAACAAGUUCUCGUCGAAGAAGGCGAACGUGAUGCAGCACCUGCUGGCGAGCCACAACCUGGUCGGCAACGAGCUGCUGGGCGGUGCGAGCGAGCUAGCGCCCAAUGUGCCAUCGCUGCAGAAGAAACCGUUCGACUACUUGCGCACGCUGACCGAGGCUCGGUGCGCCCAGAACCUGCGCCUCAUCGAGAAGGUGACGUUCAUGAGCGACUCGUUCGCGCUGAAGGAGAACUGCAACGAUCUGAAGCACGGCAGUCUGGCGGAGAUGCUGGAGCAGUACCAGGCUGCGACCAAGCAGCAGCAGCAGCAGCAACAACAACAGGGUCAUGAACUGAGCGAAGGAGUGACGGCCGCAAAGUCUCCGCCAUUGGAGCGACAACCGCAGCAGCUGCUGCAGCAACAUCUGACGUGCCCGCUCUGCUCGGAAACGUUUCUCGAUCAGGUGAACGUAGAGACGCACGUGCUGCGCGUGCACAACAUCAAGAUGGAUGGGCUCAAUCGACUGCUGAAGCUGGUGGAUACCUCGCAAUUUCUGAAAACCACCACCUCCUCCACGAACGGCGGCGGGCUGGCCUCGUCCGGCAAGUCGCCCAGCAACAGCAGCAGUCCGAUCGAGAAGCACCAUCAUCACCACCACCAUCAUCAACACCAGCCGCCGUCGCCGGCUGUCUCUCCGGUCGGGUCGGCCGGCAAGGAAGGGUCGGUGUCGCCGGGCGGCGGCGGCGGUGGCGUGCCGAACAUCCGGUGCGCGCUCUGCAAGGCGUCGUUCGACUCGAUGGUCGACCUGAAGAUCCACUGCAACGAGAGCAACCACUUCAAGCGGAGCGCCGACUCGGACGAUCUCGCCUGCUUCCUGCACGACUGCAAGGACGCGUUCGACAACCUCGCCGACCUGAACCAGCACUUCAAGGCAAGCCAUCUCAACUUUCUGAUCUCCGAGCAUCACACCUACAAGUACCGCUGCCGCCAGUGCCCGUUCGCGUUCAAGACGCACGAGAAGCUGAGCCGGCACCUGUUCUACCACUCGCUGCGCGAGUCGACCAAGUGCUUCUACUGUGAUCAUCACUUCAAGAACAUCAACUCGCUGACGGCGCACAUCGCCGAGAAGCACCCGCAGGAGGCGCUGCAGUCGAAACCGUCCCCGCCCGGUAUCGCCUCGCCCGACACCUCCAUCCUGUUCUUCAAGGACCUCAAGCGCAAGAUGCUCCACAGUCAGCAGCAGCAGCAGCAGCAGCAGCAGCAACGCAAUGGGCUGAGUCCGCGGUCGGAUCGGUCGGGCGGGCGGGACGCCCGGGAUAGUGUGGACGAGGAUCGGCUGAGCGAGAAGUCGGUCAGCUCGAAGAGCAGCAGCUUCUACUACGACAAGAGCCUCGACGGGAGCGGCACGCUGGACGGGGGUCGGUAUGCGUGCGGCGACUGCCAGUUUUCGUUCACGGAUGCGGCCGCCCUCGAGCGCCACCUGGCCACCGCCUGUCAUAUGCCGCGGGACGACAAGGCAUCGCCCGAUGGGUCGCUGCUCGGGUCGUUCCCAGCGCUCGGCAAGCAGCAGUCGGGCACCGGCGGCGGCCACCAGCAGCAGCAGCAGGCCCACUCGGGCUCGGGGCUGCAAACCCAGCAGCUGCCCGCGUCCGGCUCGGCGUCCAUCUUCUACGACAUCAAGUCGGAGAAGUUCACCAACCCGAACCGCCCGUUCAAGUGCACCAUCUGCAUGGAGAGCUUCACGCAGAAGAACAUCCUGCUGGUGCACUACAACAGCGUGUCGCAUCUGAACAAGCUGAAGAAGCUGAAGGCGGAGAAGGGUUUCGCGCAAAUGUUCACCGGUUCGCUGCUGGGGGCCAGCGACAGCGACGGUGGCAGCUUGGAGCGGGGUAAGAACUCACCCUCGCCGUCGAGCCUCGUGCGGGAGGUGGGUGCGUCGGCGUCCCUCGGUGGAUCGUUCAGCGACAAGGCGGCCACGCCCUUCUCGAUGCCGAUGUUCGCCGUCGACGGGUGUCUGGGAUCGGGGGCGAGUGGCGGCGAGAAGCGCAAGGACAUCAGCGACGAGAAGGAGUCGGCCCGGAAGAAGUUCAAGUGCGACAUCUGCAACGUCGCGUACACGCAGGGCAGCACGCUGGACAUUCAUAUGCGCAGUGUGCUGCAUCAGACGCGCGCCUGUCGGCUGCAGGAGCGAGGUCUCUUCUCCGGACAGCAAUCGAGCAACGCGUCCACGGCGUCCCAGCAGCAGCAGCAGCAACCAUCCCCACAGGGAGCCGCCGCCGAUGGGCCGAAGAAGAAGGCAGGCAGCGAGUUCCCGCUUAUCCAUCCGAUUCCGGAAAGCCACGAUCAGUCGCCGAAUCUGCUGGAUGAAAACUCCAUGCGCAAGCUAAAGUCGCCUUCCGAGCAGCAGCAGCAGCAACAGCAGCAACAGCAGCUUCAGCAACAGCAGCAGCAACUACAAGCGAUGGGGCAGCUCGGAGCGGGACCGCUGUUCUGCGGAGUGCCGGCCGUCGGUGGAGGAGACAAGCCGGAGAUCUGUGUGUGCGAGUGCUGCUACCAGAUGUUCCCCGGCAAGCUGAUGCUCGAGGCGCAUCUCGACCUCAACCCGGAGUGUUUGGCGCACAAGAAGAAGCUUCUGGAUGCGGCGGCGGCGGCCGCGGCCGUCCAGGACAGUGCCGCUGCAGCCGCCUCCUUCAACGACGGUGCAGCUGCGGCAGCGGCAGCGGCGGCGGCCGCCGCCUACCAACACCAGGCGCUCAUGAACGACCUGGUGAAGGUGAACGCACUGUCCGGGUUCGACGCGCUGAACGCGUCCGACGCGCUGCUGGGUGCGAAGAGUCCGCUCAUGCCGGCCCUCGAUCCCACCGCCAACCUGAUGGAUCCGAACUUCCUGAAGAACGCGUCGCUGCUGCAGUUCGCCGCCUCCGAUCCGAACGCCAAGCUCAACCCGAACGCGCUGAACGUGCUCAACUUCAUGCACUUCCACCAUCUGAUGUCGCUGAGCUACCUCAAUCUGGCGCCGCAGCUCAACUUUGGCGGUGUGCCGGCGGGCAAGGUGGACGGUUCCGGCGGUGGUAAGCCGGACGGUUCGCCGGGCGUGGGCAUUUCCGACGGGGGCGUCGGCAGCCUGGGCGCGAACAGUGUCGGAGUGGGCGGCGGGAAGGCGGGCAAGCACGGUCCACCGCCGGGCGUCUGUGCACCGGUCAAUCUGAACGGCAAGCCGCUCGACCUGAACAACCUGCUGCCGCACGGGCUGGACCCGAAGAUGGGACCACAGCCGCCGCAGCAGGGUGGCCAGCAGCCGUGCACGCAGAAGCGGGCCCGCACGCGCAUCACCGACGAGCAGCUGCGCAUCCUCCGGUCGCACUUCGACAUCAACAACUCGCCGAGCGAGGAAAGCAUCCAGGAGAUGUCGAUCAAGGCGAACCUGCCGCAGAAGGUGGUGAAGCACUGGUUCCGCAACACGCUGUUCAAGGAGCGCCAGCGCAACAAGGACAGCCCGUACAACUUCAGCAUCCCACCGUCGACCAAGCUGAACGUCGAGGAGUACGAACGUACCGGCGAGACGAAGGUAACCGACCUCGAGACGUCGUUCAAGUCGGUCGAGACGUCGCAGGACAACUCCUGCUCGCAGAACUCGAGCGACAUGAGCAAGGCGCUGAACGAGGCGAUGAAGCAGAACAUCUCCAAGUCGCUGCUGGAGUCGCUCAGCAAGCACCAGCAGUCGGCGGCCGGCCACCCGGAUCUGGUCGGCGCCGCCUUCCAGCUCAACAAGAGCCUCUUCCCGGACAGCUUCGUCGGCGCGGACUUCAGCAGCCACGACGCGGUCAGCUCCGUGUCGGACUACUUUCAGCGUGCGGCGGCCGAUGCGGUGGCACUCGGGGCGGCCGUCGGUGCGGUCACGAUGCCCGGUGCGGGCGGUGGAGCCGGUGGUGUCUUGAGCAGUGUCGGUAUCGGUGGGCCUGCUCCUGGUGGUGGAGUUGGUGGUGGGGGUAAUGUUGGCACUGGCCCACUUACCGGCGGUGGCGGCGGCGGCGGUGGAGGUGGCGGGGGUAAGAAGAAAAAGAUCAAGUCCGAGUCGUCGAACGAUAGUCCAACGCCGGCGGACUUGCAGCUCGACUCGUCGAACUCCAGCCCGAUGCCGAUGCGACCUCCGAGCGCCAUCUCACUGAAGAAGCACAUGGCCACACCGCCGACGGCUGGCAGUACUCCCGGGAGCGACAUGAAGAUACCGAGCCCGAUCGACAGUCCCGUCAUCUCGUCGCCCAACUCGAUGGGGCUGCACACGAUGCCGCCGCAGACGCAGCCAAUCACCUGCUCGAACGGCAAGCGGGCGAACCGGACGCGCUUCACCGACUACCAGAUCAAGGUGCUGCAGGAGUUCUUCGAGAAUAACUCCUACCCAAAGGACAGCGAUCUGGAGUACUUGAGCAAGCUGCUGAUGCUUUCACCCCGCGUGAUAGUGGUGUGGUUCCAGAAUGCUCGCCAGAAGCAGCGCAAGAUUUACGAGAACCAGCCCAACCCGACGUUCGAGACGGACGAGAAGAAGGCAAUCAACAUCAACUACACCUGCAAGAAGUGCAACCUCGUGUUCCAGCGCUACUACGAGCUGAUCCGUCACCAGAAGAACCACUGCUUCAAGGAGGAGAGCAACAAGCGGUCGGCGAAGGCGCAGCUGGCCGCGGCCCAGAUCGCCCACUCGUUCACCAGCGGCAGCGAGGACUCGGACUCCAGCCUGGACGUCAGCCGACGCGAGUUCCAGCCCCGCGAGAACGACUGCCCCUUCUAG